AUGUCUCUUAAUAAAUUUGAACCAUCUAGAACAGACAAAGGAAAGCUAGACCAACUAUUAAAAACGCACAGGCCGUUACACUUCACUUCUAAGUAUGCGUACUUAACCCUAUGGGGAGACGAAAUCUCCAACCAAUUACAAUUUGAAGAGACUAUAAAUAGAAUCGCCGGUCCGACCUCCAAUGUGCAGUAUGCACAUAUCUCACCAGUGGAAAAGGAUACGGAUGGAAACAAUCCACACCAACACAUGUUGGUAGUCUUAAAGCGCCCCCGUUCCUAUAACGCUCAGCCCAUAUUCAACCAUUCUGAUGGAACAAAGCAGAAAUUCUGGUACAGUAGAGUUAAUUCCUAUACUGCGCGCACCGGGGACAUCAAAGCAAUCAUAAAAUACAUCACGAAGAAAGGAGAGGGGAUGCACAAAGGAGACCCGGAUAAAAAGGAAGAUAUAAAACAAACGUGGAUAAAUGCUCUAAACGACAUGGAUACUUACCACGACUACAAAGAAUUGGAAAAAAACUUAAUGGAAAUAAACGCAGAAAAGUACAUACAACAGGAGGGUAAAAUAAAGUCCCGGUGGUUAAGAAAAAACGCGCGCAGAAUAGAUAUGGAAAACUACACCAAAGAAGACUUGUUCCCCUGGAAAGAAGAAAAUGAAGGAGUACAGACUAUAAGAAAAUGGAUUAAAUGUGCCUCAGGAGAUAAAUAUAGAAUGGGGAAUCUAUUCAUAGUGGGACCAACAAAAACCGGCAAAACAGAAUUCGCAAUACAAGAGAUAUUUAUGAAAUAUAACACGUUCCUUCUCAGAGGAGAUUCCCUGUUUGACGCAUACGACGACGAACAACCAUACCGCUUUAUUAUUUUCGAUGAUAUCAAUUAUGAUAGAAACCUAAUUCGUUUAAUUAAAGCCUUAACAUCAUCGAUAAAUAAGAAAACGAUGGUAAACAUAAAAUACUCCAAGGCAAUAGUAACGGCCCGUCCUUGUAUACAUCUCCUAAAUCAAAAAGAAUAG